AUGGGCACUCCUGCUGUCACAGUACAACAUCCACUUCAUGCCGUAGAAAUCGGUCAAAGGACAAGCCAUUUUGAUCUCAUGACCAGUCAUCCACUGGAAAUGAGAACCAAAAUAUUUGAAGACCUGCCGGAUGAGCCCCCUGAGGCCAACACGACCUCUCCAGAGGAGGUUUGGCAGAUAUUCUUUGAUGAUGCGUCUCAUGUCAACACGAGCGGAUCUAUCAUGGCAGAAGUGGGGGUGGUCUUGAUCUCCCCACGCAGCCACAUGUUACCUCGAGCCUUCUCCUUAACAGAGCCAUGUACCAACAACAUGGAUGAGUACAAUGCACUACUCAUUGGACUCGAACUAGCCAAGGAACUGGAGAUAAAGCACCUCAAGGCCUACAGUGACUCUCAGCUCAUCGUCAAGCAAAUGACGAGAGAAUAUGAAGUCAGAAAUAACGAUCUGAUCCCGCUUCACAAAACAGCUAUCAAAAUAGCUGAGUCAUUCGAAAACUUUCACAUUGAGCAUGUGCUUCUUUCCAAGAACACACACGCGGAUGCCCUGGCAUCCUUAGUAGCUAACCUUGCCCAGCCGCUAGGAAUGACUCAACGUGUCACUGUCGCAAGCCGACGACUCUUUCGGCCAGAUGAUGCUCUGGAAGUAAACGUCACUCAACAGGCUUUGGGUCAACUUGACCCGAAAGAUUGGUGCUUCCUAAUCAUCGACUAUGUCUUAUACAAUAUACUGCCCGAAGACGCUAGGGAGCGAGAAUCCGUUCGCCGAUGCACCACAAGGUUCUACUACGACUCGACCAUGAAGGUAUUGUAUCAUAGGUCGUAUGACAACAUGUUAUUACGAUGUCUUUCAAAGACAGAAGCACAAGAGGCUCUACGUGAAGCCUAUGAUGGUGCUUGUGGGGCUCACCAGCCCGGACCUAAGCUCUGGGAUCGUUUACGAAGGAUAGGCUACUACUAG